UGGAAAAGCUCAAGCUCAAAAACAAUGGCUUCCAAACCAGGCAUUCUCACAGAUUGGCCAUGGAAGCCACUAGGAAGUUUCAAGUUUGUGAUCUUGGCUCCAUGGGCAAUUCACAGCUCGUACUUGUACUUCAAGGGGGAAGAACAUGAGAGAGAUUUGAGUUAUUUUCUUAUAUUUCCAUUUCUCGUUCUGAGAAUGCUUCACAAUCAAAUUUGGAUCUCUCUCUCCCGUUACCAAACCGCGAAAGGAAACAAGAGAAUCGUCGAUAAACCGAUCGAGUUCGAACAAGUUGACAGAGAGAGGCCAUGGGAUGACCAGAUAUUGUUCAAUGGAUUGUUGUGGUAUGUAGGGAGGAUGGGAUUGACGAGGGGUAGAAAUUUGCCAUUUUGGAGGAGCGAUGGAGUGGUUAUGACCGCGCUCCUCCACGCCGGUCCGGUGGAGUUUCUAUACUACUGGUUUCACAGGGCGCUGCAUCACCAUUUUCUCUACUCUCGCUACCACUCCCACCACCAUUCUUCCAUCGUUACCGAGCCCAUUUCUUCUGUGACACAUCCAUUUGCAGAACACAUAGUGUAUUUCCUGCUAUUUGCCAUACCAUUAGUGGUGACAGUGCUUACAGAAACAGCUUCCAUAGCCUCUUUUUCCUUGUACGUAAUGUUCAUUGAUUUCAUGAACAAUAUGGGUCACUGCAACUUUGAGCUUGUUCCUAAGAGGCUCUUCUCCGUCUUCCCUCCUCUCAAGUUUCUCAUUUACACUCCCUCGUACCAUUCACUCCACCACACCCAAUUCAGAAGCAACUUCAGCCUGUUCAUGCCAAUUUAUGACUACAUGUAUGGGACAGUGGACAAAUGUUCAGAGAGCUUGUACGAAAGUUCAUUGUUAAGAGCAGAGGAGGUGCCGCAAGUGGUUCAUCUGACCCACUUGACCACCCCAGAGUCCAUAUACCACAUCAGGCUUGGCCUAGCCAGUGUGGCCUCGCAGCCCUUAGCCGCCGACCAGGGGCUGCGGCUGCUGUGGCCGCUCACCUUCUGCUCCGUGCUGGCCAGUUGCUUCUAUGGCGAAACUUUUGUCUCAGAGAGGAACACUUUCAAGGCCCUCAAAUUGCAGUCUUGGGUCCUCCCAAGGUUCAAUCUUCAAUAUUUGAUGAAAUGGAGAAGAGAAGCCAUCAACAACUUGAUAGAAGCAGCAAUUUUGGAUGCUGAUAAAAAGGGAGUCAAGGCUUUAAGCUUAGGCCUUCUUAAUCAGGAGAUUUUUUUGCAGGGAAAAGAGCUAAAUGAAUAUGGUGAAAUUUACAUAAAAAGGCAUCCAAAACUGAAGCUAAAAUUGGUUGAUGGAAGUAGCUUGGCAGCUGCUAUUGUGGUCAAUACCAUCCCCAAAGGCACAACCCAAGUCCUUCUAAGAGGAAACCUUUCUAAGGUUGCAUAUGCCAUUGCAGAUGCCCUAUGUCAAAUGGGCUUCCAGGUGGCUACCUUAUACGAGAACGAGCACAAGAAGCUUAAAUCAAAGAUCACUACCAAUUCUAACAACUUGGUCCUUGCAAAAAUUACUACUCAUAAGAUAUGGAUAGUGGGAGAUGGAUUGGAAGAGUUUGAACAACAAAAUGCACCAAAAGGGACAAUCUUCAUUCCCUUUUCACAGUUUCCUCCAAAAAGGCUUAGAAAAGAUUGCUAUUAUCACAUCACUCCUUCUAUGAAGGUUCCUUCUUCUUUUGAGAACGUCGACUCUUGCGAGAACUGGUUGCCGAGAAGAGUGAUGAGCGCGUGGCGAAUGGCCGGGAUAUUGCACGCCUUGGAACGAAGAGAGACACAUGAGUGUGGAGAGACAAUGUUGAGCUUGGAGGAUGCAUGGAGGGCAAGCCUUCAAAAUGGAUUUCUCCCUUUGGAGAUUCCUUCAUCUUCCUUCUAAAAUCCGAUACUCAAAAAGUUUAAUACUAAUAUAAUGCAAACUAGACAUAUGCUAUGGAAUUUAUUUAUAUAAUAUAUGAUCUUUGCUAUUAAUAUGAAUGGUAUUAAAUAUAAUGAAAUAUUGACAAGACUAGAAGUUGUAAAAGUACUGAGUGACAAAGUAAUUUAUAUAAACAUGAAGAAUAAAAA